CAGCGGCAGCGGCGGCGGCAAAUGCAGCUCCUGUCCGGCGUCCAGCGGCAUGUUUUACGACGGCAGCUUAACGCUUGAAUACACCCAGGACCUCCAUCUGAAGAUGAGCAAGAAGAUAGCUCAGCUGACCAAGGUAAUUUAUGCUCUCAACACCAAAAAUGAUGAGCACGAGGAGGAAAUCGAGUCUCUGAAAGAGGCCCACGAGGACGAGGUCCAACACAUAGUGACAGAAACCAGAGACAAGAUCAUGCAGUACAAAAGCAAAAUGGCGGAUGAGGCAGACCUGAGGCGGCGGCUGGCCAGUUUGGAGGAAUCUGUCGAACUGCAUGAGCACAUGAAGAGACAGGUCAUUCGCUGCUGCCGGGCUCUAUCUGCUUUAGCUGAGUUUGAGAUGUACAGACAGAGGAUGGAAGACUCACAGCUCUGCACCGAGGCCCAGCACACACAGAGAGUCGUCUCUAUGAGCAGAGAGGUGGAAGAGAUGCGUCGGGAUUUUGAGGAGAAGCUGCGAACGUUCAGCCAGGCUCAGGCCCAGUUUGAGGCAGACAAACGGCGGGCGCUGGAUGAGAUGAGGGCCACUCACCGGCAGGAGGUGGAGGAGCUCCGCAACAACCAGCAGAACCACAGCGCCACCUCCGCUGAAGACCAGGAGAAACUGGCCGAGCUUCAUAGACAAGAGGUAGAGUCACUGAUGGAGAGGGUGGAGGAGCUAACAAAGGAUAAGGUCCGUUUGGUGGAGGAGUACGAGGCCAAGCUGGCCAAGGCUCAGGAAUAUUAUGAGAGGGAGCUGGAGGCCAUGAGGAGAACACAUCAACUCACCACUGAGAACCUGCUUGCCUGGAAGAGGACUGAAGUUGAGCUCCGUAAGGAGUUCCAGGCUCAGGAAGCGGCGUUGCAGCGUUCUCUGUCAAAGCUGAGGAGUGAGCUUCAGAAGGCUCAGGAGGAGGCCCGCGAGAAUCGAGACAAGACCAACAGACUGCAGACAUCACUGGCCAACGCUGAAGGAACCAUUAAGAACCUGCACAAGCAGCUGGAGGAAGCUAUCCAGGACGGAGAAAUCUGGGUGAUGCAGCUAAAGGACACAGAAUAUGAACUCGAGAGCAGCAGGGAGCGAGUUCAGCAGCAGGCCACUGAAAUUCUCCACAAAGCAAGUCAGAUCGGUUCCUUGCAGGCCACUCAGAUGGCUCAUGAGGCGACCAUCAGGAACCUGGACCAGGAGCAGAGUCGCCUCAAGGAGAAGAUCAGUAGACUAGAGGAGGGUAGGGAGUCUCUGCUCAACCAAAGCCAGGCCGCCAACGAACAGCACAAACAGCAAGUGGUCAAGCUGGAGCAGUCUCUACGCGAGGAGCACCAGGGCUAUGAGAAGGAACUCUCUAGGCUGAGAGCUCACUACGAGGAGGAGACGCUUCGCUAUAAGGAGGCGCAGGUCAGAGCGCUGGAGGAGUUAGAGGACAAGCACCGCACCAUGAGGGAGGAGGCCCACCACGAGAAAGAGGAGGAAAAGAAACUACUCAUUAAUAAAAUGAGUCAGGAGUUUGAGAUUAAGCGCCUGUCGUUAGAAGAGCAAAGAGACCGUCUCCAGCAGCAACUGGACAACUUGAAAGAGGAGCUGACGGCCAAAGUCAACAUGGCCAAUCAGGAAGUGUCCCACCUCCAGGAGAUGGUGAGAGAAGGGGAGCAGAACCUGAAUUCAGCUCAGACACAGAUAUCGUGUCUGAAGGAAACUCAGGACAAACUCCGCAUUGAGCUGGAUGCAACCAGAGCCCGAGUCCGAGAGACCAGCAACCUCCUCACUGACCUGCAGGAGGAGAUUGAAACCCAGAAACAGCAGCACGAGGCCAGAGUGAUGGCCAUCAGGACGGAGGAGAAACAGAAGAUGGACAAGAUGGCUGACGACUUGGAUCAGAAAUGGAGAGAUGCGCUGAGAGAGGAAGUGCGCUUGUUGAGGGAGGAGUUGACAGAGGAAUAUGAAGCGGACAAACAGGCGGCGCUGACCCAGCUGUCCCAGCAGAAGGAGCUGGAACUGAUGGCAGCAAGAGAGGGCUGGCAGAGGAAAGUUGAAGAUCUGCUGGAACAGAUUUCACUGCUGAAACAGUCCCUUGAGCUGCAAUUGACUCAGUCUCAGUCCUCUCUCCAGCAGCUGCAAUCACAGUUCAACCAGGAGCGGGAGCUACUGAGCCAACAGCUUAAAGAGAUGCAGAGAGAACAUCAGAGGAGGGAGCAUCGAUUGCAGGAAGCUCACUGCUGUGCUCUCAGCACCAUGGAGGAGGCCCGACAGCAUCAGAUAAGAGCCCUGGAGGAGCGUCUGAAGCAGGAGCAGAGGGAGGAGGUUCAUGCUCUGAAGGAGGCCCACAGGAGGACGUUAGAAAUCCUACGGCAGCAGUCCGAGCAGGAGCUGCAGACACUCAGAUAUGAGCUGGAGGACGAGGGAAAAGCAAAGCUGGCGUCUCUUCGAGCUGAACUGAACCACCUCCACGCCACCGCCAUCGAGCACCUGAAGCAGAUCCACCUUAAAGAAAACAACGUAGCCAAAAGGGAACUGGAGAAAGCCAUGGAGCACAGCCACAAACAGUAUGUUUAUGUUCUGUUUAAGGAACAGGAGCUCCUUGUUCGGUUGUCUGACCUUCAAGGAGAGCUGUGUUCCCGUAGCAACCGCAUCACCGACCUGGACCACGAGAUCCACUCUCUGAACGAGACGAUCGACACUUUGACUCGAGAGCUGGAGCUGAAGGGCAAAGAGGUGCUGCGAGUUCGGAGCGAAGCCAACCAUCAGAUAAGGGCGCACGAACAAGACCUCGGAAAGAGACAUGACAGAGAUCUGGAGGAGCUAAGAAUCGUCCACCACAGAGAGGCGCAGAUCAUGCUGGCUGACUUCAACAAGGCCCAGGAGGUUCUCAGAGACAAGAUCUCUGCUCUACAAAUACU